UUGGUAUAAUUUUUUAUUUUUCGAAAAUAAAUGCUUCAGUUAUCGAGUGGAGCGCGUCGCGUGCAGAACGAUUUUUAGUUCCGAUGGUUUUUUGGGUUGGGUUUGGGUGCAAGGCAAAGGAUUCUUGUGAGUUUGAAUUGCAUGUACAGUGCUUUUGACCAGUCAAUGAAACGCUGGCUAGUGUUAUUGGCAGAUAUCACAGAAGUGAAACUUGUGAGAAAGUGAAUUUAUGUUGUGUGGAUUAGAAGAUUGGUCAAAGAAAAAUUUGGAGAUCAGUGGAUUUGGAGCAAAAUUUGAAGAUGCUCUUUAGAAUCUCUCUCAUUCUUCUGCUGCCUCUCGUGCUUGGCUUGGUCCCUCCACCGGUACGCAUUUCCGUGUCGGGGAACUUUUUUGAAAUGCUUUUCGACGAAACCAGUAUAUUUCUGCGGAAUGACACGGUGAAACGCAUCCCGGACACUAAUCACUUCCUCAAAGAGUACGAUUUCAUUGUGAUCGGUGCCGGUUCGGCGGGUUCUGUGGUAGCGAACCGCCUCUCGGAAGUCAAAGACUGGAACGUGCUUCUUCUGGAGGCCGGAAAAGACGAGAACAUGCUCACAGAUGUUCCCCUGACGGCUGGAUUGACUACCCUCACAGGUUACAACUGGGGCUACCGUGCUGAUCCGAUGAAUGGUGCUUGUCUUGGUUUGCAGGAUGGAGUUUGCAGUUGGCCAAAGGGGCGUGGCUUAGGUGGAACCAGUUUAAUCAAUUUCCUAAUCUACACCCGUGGACACAGAAAAGACUACGACGAUUGGGAACGUGCCGGAAAUACCGGCUGGGGCUACCGAGAGGUACUGAAGUACUUCAAAAAGUCGGAACGGGUGAAAAUAAACAACUUGAAAAGAUCUCCUUAUCAUUCCGGCGAAGGCUAUCUCGAUAUAGAGCACUCGUCGUAUGAAACGCCGAUGCUGAGGUCGUUCAUAGAAGCAGGGAAGCAAAUGGGAUACGUGGAGACUGAUCCUAAUGGAGAAAGCCUUUUGGGUUUUUCAAAAGCUCAAGCCACUAUGCGUAACGGAAGGCGUUGUAGUACGGCUAAAGCAUUUCUCAGGCCCGCCGCUUAUAGACCCAACUUGCACAUUUCCACACUUUCGAGGGUUACGAGAAUUCUGAUUGAUCCUAUAACGAAAUCAGCCUAUGGCGUAGAGUUCCUCAAGCACAAACGACGGUAUGCAGUAAAAGCAAGCAAAGAAGUUGUUCUCUCCGCAGGAUCGAUUGCCUCACCACAACUUCUGAUGCUAUCGGGAGUAGGACCAAAGGAGCACCUUCAGGAAGUGGGUGUUCCCGUUGUGAAAGACCUCAGAGUAGGCUUCAAUCUGCAAGAUCACGUUUCUUUACCUGGCCUGGUGUUCACCGUAAAUCAACCAGUUACGGUUCGAGAAAGAGAUAUGCGUGCUCCGCCGGUUGUGUUGGAUUACUUGUUGAACGGAAGAGGACCUUUUACAAUUCCUGGUGGUGCGGAAGGAGUUGCAUUUGUUAAAACCAAUAUUACAUUUUUGCCUCCAGACGUUCCAGACAUAGAGUUGGUGCUAGGCACAGGGGCUUUUAAUAAUGAUGAUUCGGGAUCGUUGCGAACAGCGUUCGGUUUGUCAAGGGAGUUUUACGAGAAGACCUACAGUUCGAUUUUGGGACAGCACGCAUUCACCAUUUCACCGGUUUUACUGAAACCCAAAAGCCGCGGACGAGUUAUGCUGAAAAGUCGAAAUCCAUUCCACUGGCCCAGGAUGCAGGGAAAUUUCUAUCAGAACUAUGAUGACUUGAGGGUAUUGCGAGAAGGCGUUAAGCUUGCAGUUCAAAUAGGAGAGUCAUCCAAGUUUGCAAGAUUCGGUGCCAGAUUGCAUCGGACGCCGUUCCUGGGUUGUGAGAAUCAUAUCUUCAAGAGUGAUGAAUACUGGGAGUGCUGCAUUCGUCGAAUAGGAACAAGUUUACAACAUCAGUCCGGAACGUGUAAAAUGGGUCCACCCAGUGAUCCGAGUGCAGUGGUGAAUCCGGAACUUCUCGUCUACGGUAUAAGAGGUCUACGAGUGGCGGAUUGCUCGAUAAUGCCCGAGAUUGCGGCUUCUCAUACAAACGCUGUGGCCAUAAUGAUUGGCGAGAAGGCUGCCGACAUGAUCAAACAGUACUGGAGUAAUGAAAUUCGAUAGCGGGCAUUACUCAAUGAUAUAUGGAACAAGUUCUAGUCAAUAGGAACGAAUGGUUAAUUAAGUGGUUGACUUAAACGACAUAUUGCUCAAUUUAUAAGAAUAAUGUCACUUGGAUAAUCUGGUGCAGUUUUAAAUUUUGAGUAAUGAUUAUUGUGUGAUGUUUUGUGUUUUAGUGUAUAUUUAAUUGCGAUUAGUUUUGUGUGACUAUGUGUGUAUAUAGCAGUAGGAAAAAAGAUUGAACGUAAAAUAAAAACGAAUACAAGAAUUUUGUGAAA